AUGCAACGUGACAGUGACACUGAAGGCGACACAGAGCCAGAGGAAACGAAGAAGAGAGAAGUCAAGGGCAAGGAGAAGCUCGCGGCGGGAGGCGACGACGAAGAUGAAGACACAGAAGAAGAUGAAAAAGAUGAGGUCGAGGUCGUGUUGGCCGCCAUUGCGGAAGCCCAGCGACGCAGAAUGCACCCAAACAACGCAGCGGGCGGAGAAGAGGAGGUGCGGGUCAUGGGCGGAGUCGAUGGUGAAGGCGAACAACAACAACAACAGCAACGUCGCAGGCACCGGCGGCUGCGGCGCUUCCCGUCCUUCGAGGGACUCGGGCGGAGAGCGUUCGCGUGUGUGCGCCACCUGCUGCUCGAUGCCAACCACCUGCCCUCCAUCCCCGACGACAUUGGCCAGACCUUUCCGUGCCUCGAGGGCCUGGUGCUGACGAACGAGGCCAUGCUGGCGGGUCUGCCGCCGCUCCUCUUCUCGCACCUGACGCGCCUGCAGAGCCUGAGCAUAAUGAAGACGUCUCUCGCCGCCCUCCCGCUCUCCGUCUCCCACCUCUCGGCCCUCCGCAUCCUCCAGCUCUCCUCCAACCGACUCACCACCCUCCCGCACACCAUCGGCAAUCUACCAUCGCUCGCGCAGCUGUACUGCAGCGACAACCAGCUGACGUCGUUGCCGCCCACCAUCCACCGACUGACCUCGCUCCAGAUCCUCUUCGUCGACAACAACCGGCUCACCUCGCUCCCGGCCAGCAUCACCACCCUCCCCUGCACCCGACACUCCUUCACCUUCUCCGUCGCCAACAACCUCUUCAACCUCGCCCAGGCCGAGCUGGCACCUGGCAGCGUGUCGUCGCUUCUCGACCUGUGCUGCAGCGAGGUGGCGGCGUCGGUGCCCGACUUGUCCAGCCUGGGCGACACGCUGCCGCGCGAGCUGAUGGCGCGGCUCAAACGCGAGGCCCGCCUGUGCGCCGGCUGCGCGGGUCCCUACUACGGCUCGGGCUUCGCCCGCCGGCUCUACCCGCAUCGACUCGCCGAGCAGGACGUCGUGCUCGAGAGCGUCUACUGCUCGCCACGCUGCGCGGCCGACGCCCGACCGCCGCCUCUGACGGCUUCGCACAAGCGACAACGAGUGGCCAAGGGCUCAGAGUCCAUGGAGGACCUGGCCGGGUCGACCACCUAA